AUGGCGGCCACCAGGGACGAGGCGCAUCCUGAUUACAGCACCUGGAGUAACUCCAGUCUGAUCGAGCGCAUCACUGAGCUUGAACGGCAGCUUCAUUCGCAGACCACGAAAUAUACCGAGCCAACUCCUUCUGCGGGUGAAUCAAUUUGUCCGGCGCCCAUUGCAACAGAUGUCAGCGAACCUGCGAUCCCACUUGCCGAUCAGUACACUACCUCGUCGAAAAAGCGACUACACUCUCCGGACGGCGAUAUCUGUCACAAGCCCGGUAAAGCGCGUGCCCAAAAGGGCGAGCGCGACUUUGACCCGUCGAAGUAUCAGACUCGUUUCAUCGCCCUGAAGUUUGCCUACCUCGGUCAGCGCUACAAUGGAUUGGAACAUACCAAUGGAAACAGCACGCCAUUGCCUACAAUCGAGGAGACUCUGUGGAAAGCUCUGCGCCGAACCCGUCUCAUCCUCCCCCAGACGUCCUCCGCGGAUGAGCCAGUUGAUACCCAGCCUCGAGAGCAACGGCCCUACUCUAUCCAUUGGGAUGGAUGUGAUUACUCCAAGGCUGGAAGGACUGAUCGAGGCGUCAGUGCGUUUGGACAGGUGAUCGGUCUCAGAGUUCGGUCUGCCAGGCCUCCGCCUAAGACUAGUUCUUCCGCUGAAAUCGAAAAUACACAAGAGGGCGAUCCGAUGCAGCUAGAAGAGACCGCCGCAGACCCAGAGUGGGAUGACAUUGCCGAUGAAAUCUCUUACAUACAAGUUUUGAAUCGGGUUUUGCCUGAUGAUAUUCGCGUUCUCGCAUGGUGUCCCCAUCCUCCUGAAGGCUUCGAUGCUCGGUUCUCUUGCCGCGAGCGUCGUUAUCGGUACUUCUUUACACAACCAGCAUUUUCUCCUACGCCCGGGCCGCUUGGCUUUGAAAACCGCGGGGGAACUGGCAAAGGUGAGCGAACCAAGUAUCGUGAGGGCUGGCUCGACAUUGAAGCUAUGCGCGAAGCCGCCAAGUACUUUGAGGGCACGCAUGAUUUCCGAAACUUUUGCAAACUGGAUACCAGCAAGCAAAUUGAGAACUUUGAACGAAUUAUCUUCCAUUCCGAUAUCCACCUUGUCAAUCCAAAAACGAACCCCCUAGGUUUCGUCGGUCAACCCGGGUUCCAAAUCACGGAAGACUUCCAAGCAGACGUGGACAUGCUUUCCAAGCAACAACCCGAGCCAACAACUCCUCAGGUGUACUCGUUUGAUCUGUACGGUUCAGCCUUUUUGUGGCAUCAGGUCCGCCACAUGGUGGCCAUCCUCUUUCUGGUUGGUCAAGGACUUGAGUCGCCUUCCAUCGUACCAGACCUGUUGGAUAUCACAAAGAACCCCCGCAAGCCGGCAUAUGAGAUGGCUUCUGACGCGCCUCUUGUGCUAUGGGACACCGUCUUCCCGGAUGAGAACAGCGGUAGCCGAGAGGACGCUCUCGACUGGGUCUAUGCCGGCGACCCACGGCUCAACAAAAGCCGAAGCGCCAAAGGUGACAGCAAGUAUGGCAUGAAGGGGGCUGUUGAAAGUCUUUGGACUGUUUGGAGACAGCGCAAGAUGGAUGAGAUCCUGGCCGGGGCACUCCUGGACUUGGUCGUGAGCCAAGGUGAUCGCAGCAUGAUGUCUCAAAUGGACGCCAAGCAAGGCGCAAGCAAAAAGCAGAGUCGGGGCGCCAAGAUCUGGCUCGGAGGCGACGAUGCACGCACGGGGGGCAAAUAUGUUCCCGUCUUGCAGAAGUCAAAGACCGAAGCUGUGGACGUCCGAAACGCCAAAUGGCUCGCAGCCAAGCAGCGCAAAGAUGCAGUCAAAGCUGCUGGUGGACAAGGCGAGGAUGCCUGA